ACACUGAACUUGCACUUGUGCUCUCCGGUCGGCACGGCCAUGGCGGACAAAGGACCUGAAAGCAUGAAAAUGAAACGAGAAAUUGGGUUGAUUGGAGGCGUGGCACUGAUUUCGGGAACAAUGAUCGGAUCCGGUAUAUUCAUGUCCCCACAGUUUGUCCUGGCCUACGUGGGAAGUCCUGGAGCAAGUCUGUUGAUCUGGGCUGUUUCAGGAGUCAUAGCCAUGUUCGCAGCGCUCUCCUACACUGAGCUCGGCACAAUCAUCCCUGAAUCUGGUGGGGAAUUCAUCUACAUACUGAGGAUCUACGGAUCAUGUCCUGCUUUUUUUGCGGCGAUCACUUUUAUCUUGGUUGUGAAGCCUUUUGGCAUUGCGGCCAUGUCGAUUAGCAUCGCAGAAUAUGCCACAGCACCUUUCUACGUGGGCUGCCCUCCUCCACAGCUGGUGGUGAAGUGUAUUGCUGCUGCGACCAUCUUGGUUGUUGCCACAGUAAAUAUCCUGAACGUGCGCAUUGCUCUAAGAAUCCAGGUGGUCUUCUUGGUGGCCAAACUGGUGGCCCUGACAUGCAUAGUAAUAGGAGGGAUAGUGGCGCUCACACAGAGCAGCACUGUCAUUGUAGAAAAUCUGAAAGUAGAGAAUGCACUCAAAGGGACUCAUUAUUCUUUGAGCACUCUAGGGAUGGCUUUUUAUCAAGGACUCUGGUCUUAUGCUGGCUGGUACAACUUGAACUAUGUCACUGAGGAGCUGAAAAGACCAGAGGUGAGACUAACACGCUGGAAUGUGCAUCUGUGCUAAAGUGAGUAAAUAAUUCUUAGAUGGGAGGAGAGUCGAUUAAAGAUAGUUCGCUCGAGAGGGAAAGAAAGGGACGAAGAGAGACAUGUCUGUGUUGUUUACUUUAGGUUCAGGGUGGGUUUCUUCAGGAGAGGGUUAACUCUCGACAGGGAAGGGUUGAUAAGAUGGGUAAGAAAAGGAAGAAGAUUUGGAGUAAUAGUUUUUAUGUAGAUUUCUUUACUUUAUGUGCCAUUGUAAAUAUGAUAUAUAAAUAUACAGUAUAUAUUUAUACUGACAUAUACCAGUGAGAGAGGUUCAAUGCCAAACCAUUUUUCUGCAGUAAUAAGAUACAGUUUGUUGUUAUUGUGAACCUUGUUCUGGGAAUCUGGCUCAUCAUAAAAUAAGUUAUAGAUAAUGGUUUAUCUUAAUCUUCAGAUCAUUUAAAAAAGAACCCACAACCACCAGCUUGAGCUGAGUGUAUAAGGAAACAAGGAGGGAAACAUUUGUGGUCCUGCAGGCUAUAAGUUUAAAAAACGAAUCUCUUGUACAUUAUUUAGUUACCAGGACACAAAGUCAAGCUCAGCCACGACUGUAAACUUACUGCAGCAGAUCUCUGUGCUCAUCUCCUCCUGUGCAUUCAAUUGGCAAAGCUCAUUGAAGCAGCUUUUACUCUUCCUCUGUCCAUGGCAGGCCAAUUCACAACCCUCUACCCCUGCACCUCCUUUUCAAACUCAAUCAGACUUGGUCAAUGUCAUGGGUAGACAUUGUUGGCUGGGCUAUUUUGUGCUAGGGUCAAAGUAAAUAUAUGAUUGUUUUUAUGCUGCAAUGCUUCAUAUCAAGCUGAAUUACAGAGCUUUUAUAUCGAAAAGUUGUGAACUUGUAUCUACAGAUUGUGUCGGUUGCCAAGCAGACCGGUAAUAUCAACAUGAAAUGAAAAAAAUAACACCAAUGUAGUAAAUAAUUCAGAAUUAUAUAUAAACCACAGAAAUGAACAAAAAAAAGGCUAUCAAAUUUUCACUGCAGAUAAACCAGGUAGGAUGAACACAACGUUUUUCUAACUUCACUAUGCAAGUAAAACUGUUUCUAAAAAGCUCUGCCCACAACGUCCACUUAA